AUGGGAGAUGUCAAAGAAUCAAAAAUGCAAAUAACACCUGAAACUCCAGGAAGGAUUCCUGUUUUAAAUCCUUUUGAAAGUCCUGGUGAUUAUUCUAAUCUCCAUGAACAAACUGUCUCCAGUCCUUCUGUUUUUAAAUCGACAAAAUUACCAACUCCAGGGGAAUUUAGAUGGUCUAUUGAUCAACUAGCUGUAAUAAAUCCUGUAGAAAUAGACCCAGAGGACAUUCAUCGUCAAGCUUUAUACCUAAGUCGUUCUCGAAUAGAUAAAGAUGUGGAAGACAAAAGACAAAAAGCCAUUGAAGAGUUUUUCACUAAGGAUGUCAUCGUACCCUCUCCUUGGACUGAUCAUGAAGGGAAGCAGCUUUCAGAGUAUCAUUCCAGUAAAUGUAUCAACACAAAUAAUGAAUCUCCGGUUGGAAGAAAGCUGACCAUCCAUUCUGAGAAAAGCAAUGCUGCUUGCCAGACAUUGCUGUCUCUCCCUGUGGAUUUUAAUUUAGAAAAGAUAUUAGGUGACUAUUUUAGACCUGAUGAAUUUGCAGAUCAGUCUCCUGGAAACCUCAGUUCUUCAUCCCUCAGAAGAAAGCUCUUUUUAGAUGGCAACGGAAGUAUCUCUGACUCCUUACCUCCAGCUUCUCCCAGAAGUCCUCAUAGUGGUGCCCAGGCGUCACUUGAGGUUUUUUGUUCAAUAGAGUUAUCUCCUGUGCAGUGUAGGAGCCCUGUGCAGACCCCGAGUUCGGGGCAGUUUUCUUCUAGCCCUAUUCAGGAUAGUGCAAAAAGAUACAGUUUGGGAAGCGUCACCAAUCCUUCGCCAGUUUCUUCACCCACUUUCUCACCAGUUGCGAUUCAAAUAGGAAAGACACCACUCUCAGAACAAAGGAAGUUUGCUUUUCAUUCUCCUGAUGCUUCAUCUGGAACCAAUUGUAAUGGGAUUACCAAUCCAUAUAUCAGAAGUCCUUACAUCGAUGGCUGCUCACCAAUUAAAAAUUGGUCUCCUAUGAGACUGGAGAUGUGCAGAGGAGGUGCUCAGUAUCGGACCUCCCUGAUUCGGGUCCCUUUCACUCUCGAGGCUCCUGGCGAAGAUGAAGAAGACCAGGCAGCGGUUCCUUCCACCGACGCUUCCUCCCCAGCCACGGGCCUCGCCGGAGUCCCCCUGCCACAGUUGGGCAGCGACACUUCGCGCAGCACGCGCUUGGUGGUGACCGCCAUGUCCAUCACCCAGAGCCAGUCCGGAGCUUCGGAGAAAGAACUGGAACUGCUGCAGGAUGUGGAGAGUGAGAAGGAGAAUAACACUGUGGAUAUGGUCGAUCCCAUCGAGAUAGCGGAUGAGACCACCUGGAUUAAGGAGCCGGUUCAUAAUGGGAAUUUACCCGCAGCGGAUUCCGUGAGCGGGAUGGCAUUCAGUAUUGAAAACUCUCAUAUGUGCUUGUCACCUCUCGCAGAAAGCAGUGUCCUUCCCUAUGAAAGCAGUAACAUUCAGAUGGAUAGUGGCUAUAAUACACAGAAUUGUGGAAGCAAUAUUAUGGAUACCGUUGGAGCAGAAAGUUACUGCAAAGAAAGUGAUGCACAAACCUUGGAAGUCGAGAAUAAAUCUCAAGUUUUUAAUACAAAGCAAGAUCACUCAAUGCAAAGGUGUUGGAUGAAAACUUCAAACCUGCCUCAAUGCAGCAGUCCUUAG